UGUAAGCACCUCUGCAUUUUGAGUGAAAUGGCAGAGGAACAAACCAGAAUGAAAUGGAAGGAGUACCUGGAGGACAGGCUAGAGGCCCGUCUUCUGCAGGAGUCCCUAAAGAUGGAAGAGCGUCUCCGACAAGAAAGGAUGUUGAUCCUGGAGCUGGUUGAGCAGAAGAUCAAGAGGGCCAUGAGGAAGUUCAGGAUGGAAGAGAUGAACGCGAUCAUAGAGGAGGCCAUGGAGGAGGAGAGGGAAGAGAGAGAGGCACGGAAAUGGCUGCAGGAACAGCUGGAGGAGGGCGUGAAGGCGAAGGACUGGGAUUUUGAGGUGGAAACGAGGAAUGUGAAAAGAAAGCAGAGAGGAGAGGGAAUCCAGCAGGUGAUGUGGAGACGGGAGGAGGGGAUGGUACAGGAGUCGAGGAGGAAGAAGAACAAUGGGAGGGGGAUGAGGAUCAGCGUGAGGGAGGCUCUGGCCAAAAUGCUGGAGACGACUCCUGCAAAGGAGAAGAAAAUGAAGGAUCGGAGAAAGGAGGAGAGAGCAGAGUUGGAAAGAGUGGACGAGAUGAUGGAGGAAGAAAUGGAGGCAAACGGGCCGGAGAAAAGUGGUUAA